AUGGCUAAUCCAAUCCAAAUACCCGCUGGUCUUAAGCUUGAUCAAGAAGAACAAAAAGUCUUUUAUAGAUUGGUUAGACGAGCACGAUUAAGAUUUAAUGCCUUGCAAGACAAUAAUGCAAAACUUGUUUAUAUACAAGCACUUGUGGAUAGGAAAAAAUCUGAUCGUGAAAAAUCGGACUUUGAACAAAAAAUAAUUUACGAUGUAAAUCUUUUGAUCAUCUUUUUUGAAGUUAAUAUUAAACAUUGUAUUUUUGGACCUAUGAAAGAAAGAAGUGUAGUAACUGCUUUUUUAUCUGUUUCAGAACACGUCGAUGAAAAUUUUGGUCAAGGUGAUGAAAUAUUGUUGUUGAAACGCAGCGAAAAAGUUAGAACAUACAAAAAUUUUUGGGCAGGAAUUAGUGGAACAAUAGAAGUUCAAGAUAAAUCGCCUUUUGAUCGUGCACUGAUUGAAAUAAACGAGGAAACAAGUUUAUCACCAAAUGAUAUUAUAUUGAUACGGGCCAGCAAGCCAAUUUUUGUGAGAGCAGAAGACAUCAAUACAAUAUGGAAAAUUCAUCCAUUUCUUUUUCGACUUGUAUCUAAAGAUUUGAAAAAUAAAAUAAGAAUAGAUUGGGAACAUGAAAAAUUCCAAUGGAUCAAACCAAACGAAUUAAACGAUUUCAACAAAACGGUCCCAAAUCUAAAAGAUACUUUUUAUAGAGUAUAUUUACCAAUCGAUGUUCAUCAAGGAAUAUUAAACAUUCGUCAUGAUAAAAAAUCAGGAGCCCAGCAGUUAGCAAACAAAGCUUUAGAUAUUUUUUAUCAAAUGAUCAAGACAAAAUCUUAUGAUAAUGGAAAUAUUAAAGAUUAUAAAGGAUUUCUUUUAACUUUGUUAAAUGUUGGAUGGCAUUUAGUUCAAGCAAGACCUAAUAAAUGCGAGGAAAUGAUACUUGAGAGGAUUGUUGAAUUAAAGACAAAAUUCAAGGAAUCUGAUCAAAAAAUAAUUGAACAUUUUAUGGACAUUUUAUCUUCAAAUAUCCAAAUUCAAAAUCAAAUAUUACACAUAAUGACAAUCAGUUAUUCAUCCACGAUUUAUUCAAUACUUUUAAAUUUAAUUCAAAAAUUUGCAAAUGAAUCAACAAAUAAGUUGAUAAUUACUGUGCUGGAGUCUAGACCAUUGAAUGAAGGAGCCGAUGAAAUUAAUGGAGACAAUGGAAAUGUAACCAAUAAGAUCGGAUCAUUGCCUUUAGCUAUAGCUGCAAAAUCUCAUAAUAAAUCUGUUUACGUGAUUUCUAAAUCUGAUAAAAUAAUUGGCAGCUAUAAUGAAAUUAUUAAGUCUUACGAUGAUGUCGAAGAAUGGAAAAGAAUUAUUCAACAAAAUGGGAAUUUGUUCAAAGUUAGAAAUGUUUAUUUUGAAAAAAUUAAUUUUGAUUAUAUUGAUGGAUAUGUGACUGAACUUGACUCAACUCUAUUAAGAGUUCAAGAUAUAAAGAAGUUGUGGGAUGAUAGAAAAUCGGACGGCCAAAUUUUUGGAAUUUUGGAGUCUGAAUCAGAGUAUAUAACGAUGAAAAACACAUAUGGUGGAUUAUGUGUUGGAUUAUACUCUUCAAAUGACCCACCUCGUGAAUGUGAAAAUCAAUGUGCAUCAAACAUUUGUAAAGAUCAUGAACUAUUAAAGCUUUUAUCAAAAUAUGAAAACAAAUAUCACCAAAUAUUAUAUGUUGGAGAUUCUUUUAAAAUGUCAAGAUAA